AUUGUGCUCAGUGCUGUAGCUUAUGAGCGAUAGGGAGGAACAGCAACCAGACGGCCGGAUUCUGCGAUCAGCAAGACGCCCAAUUGCCCACUUGGCCUUAGGACCAGAGGGCGACAGAUACCUAUUCCGACAGCUUAGGGAGAGGAGGCAGCAGCAGAGAGCUAGGGAUGCAGAAGCCAGCAGAGCUUUCGCAAGUGAGGUCGCUGCUUUAGUAGCCAUGGCUAGCGCUGCACAGCAAUACUCGCAGGCUGGGAGUUCAGGAACUGUAGGGUCAACUGCAGCGCAGACCCAGAGUCAGUCGGCUGGCGUAAUCGCCAGCCAGUCAAAUGUGUUGUCACCCGAGGAGAUCGCCAUACAGCAGGCUGCCCUGCAAGAGGCACAGCUACAGAAGGCUUUAGGAGAGAUAAAGGCGGAGAAAGAGAGAAUGAUUAGAAGAAUAGCCAGGAUGCAGCGAAGAGAAGAAGACGUUAGGCAGUUAGAGGAAAUGGAUCUGACAAAUAUGGAUGCGGAUGUGAGGGUAGUUCGGAGGGCUCUGCUAGGAGUCAUAGAGACGCAGGAUCAUCAGACUGCCAUCCUCCAAAACAUUCAGCAGAGUCUAGCCUGGCUGGUUGGACGAUUGCAGGCAGCUCCAUUACCGUCAGGGCCUGGUGCCUGGCCCGUGGCACAUCCUCCUCCUUCUGCCCCACCGGUUAUUGGGGUAUCCCCAUAUGUAGCCCCAUCAUCGGUCGCUAUCGUUUCCCUGGGCAUGCCGCUAUCAGAAGGGUUAUCAGCAGGACCUAGUGUUCAGAUCCCUGUACAGACAGUGUUAUCCCAACCUCCGUCGCAGGUUGCCAUCAGUGGGCAAUCUGUUGUCCCACAACCUGUGCAGCCGCAGGGGACACAGCCACAGCAGCAACAGGUGCAGCAGCCUGUUCCCCAGAGUCCACAGCCAAGUGUGGGACAGGUGCAGGGACAAACACAGUGGGUUCCAAAGACGGCAAUCACUGCUCCCARACCCUUUUCAGGGUAUAAGAGGGGCGAAGACCUCGACAGAUGGUUGAGGGCGGUGCCGGUAUAUGUUAAGUGUAAGUUGACCUUGCCGCACGAGGAAGUGCUUGUGGCUGCUUCCUAUCUAGAGGGGAGUGCAGCAAGAUUAGGGCAACUACAGGGAUACGGUCGUGACUUCCGCGCUUGGGCAGCCAGCCAAAAGCUGGAUGACUUCCUCAAGCUGGUGGAGGAAAGGUGGCAUGACUUCCGCACUUGGGCAGCCAGCCACGUUGGUGGUAGCGAGAGCAAGCUCUCAUUGACAUUGGUUUUCAGUGUUACGAUUCUUCAUUGGUGUGAUAUUGGUGCAAUGCUACUCUAUGGACACUCCGGGUCGGUGGGGGGAGGGGUCUUCCUUGGAUCGUCGGCAGAAACCAAGGCCCGGGGUCAACACCGUCUGCAAUCGAAGUCGACGCCGGCAACACAUCCCGCAGUCGUUCGUCCGCAAGGGGUGCAAUUGCCAUUGCCAUUGACGGGAUGUCAGGUGACGGGAAGGUGGUCGGGUAGGGGCGGUGGGGACGACGGUUUCGCAGUCGUCUUCGAUGAACAGACGGGUCGACAUAUCUGGGCAGAACAUCGGCAGCAGCUUCGUGGAGAUYGUGAAGACGCGAUAACGAGGGGGGUUUGGCAGCUGCACGUGGGCAGAAGCGACGCAGAGAAAGAGGCGGCGGUGGAAGUAGAGGCCUACGAAGACGUCGACGAUGAAGAUGAAGACGAAGAGGACGAAGACGACACUGUGGACAUUCAACCACUCGGCAAGAAGCCCAUGGGCGGUCGGGGAACAAGCAAGAAGGGUUCUGCCUCACAGGGACGACACCACUACGCCACUGGAAUGCCCAUCUCCACCGUCCGCUAGAAGGCACGCCACCUGCCCCACGUCGCUGUCGUCACGUCCACCACUAGAUUCGAAACUUGAAUUUUGAAC